AUGGCUUCAAUACAGUAUCUCCGUCCCGCUGUUCGCCGGGCACUACAAGUCAAGACGUGCGCGACCUGCGGUGCGGCCUCAAGCCCGCGCGCCUUUUCCGUCUUUAACCGGCCGCCACCCAACUACGAGGGCCAUGUGCCGCUGACGAGGAUCGAGAGAGCCAGCCUCGCCGUCGGCUCCGGCGUCAUGUCACUCAUCAACCCCUACCGCCACGACCUCAUCGCUGCUCUCGGCGAGGCGACCGCGACACCAUACUUCAUCUACCGACUGCGCGACGCCAUGCUCGCCGACCCGACCGGUCGACGGAUCCUGCGCGACCGUCCACGCAUCUCGUCCAAGACACUGUCCAUGGAACGCCUGCGUGCGCUGCCCAGCGGCACCGUAGGCCGCGCCUACGUCGACUGGCUCGACCGCGAGGGCGUCACGCCCGACACACGCUCAACCGUGCGCUACAUUGACGACGCCGAGUGCGCGUACGUCAUGCAGCGGUACCGCGAGUGCCACGACUUCUUCCACGCCGUCACCGGCCUGCCGGUUGUGAAGGAGGGUGAGGUCGCGCUCAAGGCGUUUGAAUUUGCCAACACGCUACUGCCGAUGACGGGGCUCAGCAUGCUCGCGGUCACGACGAUGAAGAAGCAGGAGCGCGCGCGCUUCUGGAGCAUCUACCUGCCGUGGGCGAUUCGAAACGGCCUCCGCAGCAAGGAGGUGAUUAAUGUGUACUGGGAGGAGCAGCUGGAGAGGAACGUCGACGACUUGCGGAAGGAGCUCGGCAUUGAGCAGCCGCCGGACCUACGGGACAUGCGGGCUAGGGAGCGGGCGGAGCGCAGGAAACUGGCAAAGCAGAAUACGUAG